AUGGACACAAUGUGGACCUUUAGAAAGGAGCCAGACUUGGGUUGUCAGGGCUUCUGCCUGAGAAACUGCCUGCAGGAUGAAGCAACUCCAACAGGCAGCAUACAUAUGGAAAAGGAGUCCCAGGAGGCAAGCACUGGGGAGAGUCAAGCAAUAAGUUUUUUCAUCUUGGUGGGAUUUGCAGGAGAGUUCCAAAUUUUUUCAAGUGCUUCCUCUCCAGUCAAUUGCCAGUGGGAUUCCUAUGCCCUGUGGUCAGAAUGCAGUGGUUGUACCAAGACUCAGACUCGCAGGCGGUCAAUAGCUGUUUACGGGCAGUAUGGUGGCCAUCCCUGUGUCGGAAAUGCAUUUGAAACACAAUCGUGUGAACCUACCCGAGGAUGUCCAACAGAAGAGGGAUGUGGAGAGCGUUUCAGGUGUUUUUCAGGCCAGUGCAUCAGCAAAUCUUUGGUUUGCAAUGGGGAUUCUGACUGUGAAGAGGAUAGCGCUGAUGAAGACAGAUGUGAGGACUUAGAAAGCAGACCUUCGUGUGACCUUGAUAAACCUCCUCCCAACAUAGAACUUACUGGAAAUGGUUACAACGAACUCACUGGCCAGUUUAGGAACAAAGUCAUUAACACUAAAAGUUUUGGUGGUCAAUGCAGAAAGGUGUUUAGUGGGGAUGGAAGAGAUUUUUAUAGACUGAGUGGAAAUAUCCUCUCCUAUACAUUCCAGGUGAAGAUAAAUAAUGAUUUUAAUUAUGAAUUUUACAACAGUAGCUGGUCUUACGUAAAACAUACUUCAGCAGAAUAUACAUCAUCUAGUAGGAAACGCUCCUUUUUUUUUAGAUCUUCAGCAUCUUCUUCGUAUAGUCAUAUUUCACAUAGCAAUGAAAUCCAAAAGCAAAAGAGUCAUCAAUUGUUGGUUGUCCAGAACACUGUGGAAGUGGCUCAGUUUAUCAAUAACAAUCCAGAAUUUUUACAACUUGCUGAGCCCUUCUGGAAGGAACUCUCCUACCUUCCCUCUCUGUAUGACUACGGUGCCUACCGAAGAUUAAUCGACCAGUAUGGGACACAUUAUCUGCAGUCUGGGUCCUUAGGAGGAGAGUACAAAAUUCUAUUUUAUGUGGACCCAGAAAAAAUCAAAGAAAGCGGUCUUAGUUCAACAGAUAUAAAGACAUGUACUUCAUCAAGUUUCAAAUUUUUGUAUUCGUCAUCAAAGGGCAAAUGCAAGGAGCUGGAAGAUGCCUUAAAAUCAGAUUCAGGAACUCAAAGCAAUGUUCUGCGAGGGAACCCAUUUGUCAGGGGGGGCAGUUCGGGCUUCGUGUCUGGCCUCAGUUUCCUGGAGCUGGACAAUCCUGCUGGAAACAAAGAGCGAUAUGCUUCGUGGGCGGAAUCUGUGACUGGUCUUCCCCAAGUCAUAAAACAAAAGCUGACCCCUCUGUAUGAGCUGGUAAAGGAAGUACCCUGUGCCUCUGUGAAAAGACUAUACCUGAAGCGGGCUCUUGAGGAAUAUCUGGAUGAAUUUGACCCCUGCCAUUGCCAACCUUGUCAAAAUGGUGGCAUUGCUACCGUCGAGGGGACCCAGUGUCAGUGCCAUUGCAAACCAUACACAUUUGGCGUGGCUUGUGAGCAAGGAGUCCUCGUGGGAAAUGAAGCAGGAGGGGUUGAUGGAGGUUGGAGUUGCUGGUCCUCUUGGGGCCCCUGCGUUCAAGGGAAGAAAUCAAGGAGCCGAGAAUGCAAUAACCCACCUCCCAGUGGAGGCAGGCAGUCUUGUAUUGGAGAGCCAACAGAAAGCAGGCAAUGCGAGGAGGAGGAACUCCAGCAUUUGCGAUUGCUUGAACCACAUUGUUUUCCUUUGUCUUUGGUUCCAAAAGAAUUCUGUCCAUCACCUCCUGCCUUGAAAGAUGGAUUUGUUCAAGAUGAAGGUGCAAUGUUUCCUGUUGGGAAAAACAUAGUAUAUACUUGCAAUGAAGGUUACUCUCUAAUUGGAGACCCUGUAGCCAGAUGUGGAGAAGAUUUACAGUGGCUUGUUGGGGAAAUGCAUUGUCAGAAAAUUGCCUGUGUUCUACCUGCCUUGAUGGAUGGCAUACAGAGUCAUCCCCACAAACCUUUCUAUGCAAUUGGUGAGAAAGUGACCAUUUCCUGUUCGGGUGACAUGUCCUUAAAAGGUCCUUCAACAUUUCUCUGUGGAUCCAGCCUUAAGUGGAGUCCUGAUAUGAAGAAUGUUCAGUGUGUGCAGAAAGAAACCACUUUAACCCUGGCAGUGCCUGAAUGUCAGCCCUGGGAGAAACUGAAGAAUUCAAGAUGUGUUUGUAAAAUGCCUUAUGAAUGUGGAUCCUCCUUGGAUGUAUGUGCGCAAGAUGAGAGAAGCAAAAGGAUACUGCCUCUGACAGUUUGCAAGCUGCACGUUCUCCACUGUCAGGGUAGAAAUUACACUCUUGCUGAUAGGGAGAGCUGCACUCUGCCUGUCGCGGCCCAGAAAGCCUGUGGUGCCUGUCCGCUCUGGGGAAAAUGCGAUGCCCAGAGCAGCAAAUGUGUCUGCAGAGAAGCAUCGGAGUGCGAGGAAGGCGGCCUUAGCGUCUGCGUGGAAGUGAACGGUGUGGAGCAGACGAUGACCGAGUGUGCGGCCGGCGCGCUCAGGUGCCAAGGGCAGGGCGUCAGGGUCACCAGCACGUGGCCCUGCGGAGCGGGGACCCCGUAG